CAGUUCGUAAACUUGUCAGUUAUUGACUCGUCAAGUUAAACGAAUAAAAUAAUUUAUAAAUUAUUUAAAUACGAAAAUGAACAUUUGUUACAGAUACGAUUAGUAAAUAAAAAUAAUAAGUUGGGUGAAGUAAUUUUCUAAUACCUUUUUUAUUGGCACAUGUGUCUGUGAAUAAAAGUAUAGAUUGUUUUGUAAGGAGGCGUAUUGAUUGUACAUCGAUUGCAAAUAAUCAACAAUGGAUAUCAUCAAAACACCUAAGCUCGAAAAUGUGCAGUUACUGGACAAGUACAAUCUACGGAACCCCUCCAAGGGAACCCUCUACUUCGCCACCACGCACCUCAUCUUUGUCGAUCACGAGCUGAGAAGGGAAACAUGGAUACUGCUCACACACAUAAGCACGGUGGAGCGGUUGCCCAUAACGACCACAGGAUCGCCGCUGCUCGUGCGGACGAAGACCUUCCAGUCUGUAUUCUUUGUGAUACCGCGCGAGAGGGACUGCCACGAGAUGCAUCAGACCCUGCUGCGGCUCAGCCAGCCAGUGAACAUAGAGGAGCUAUACUGCUUCAACUACAAAUCAACACCUGAUGACCUGCCCAAGUCGGCUGGCUGGAACUUCUUUGAUAUACAAACCGAGUUCCAGAGGAUGAACGUGCCGAACGAACACUGGGUGCUAUGUAACGCUAACAAGGAGUAUGAGCUAUGCGACACAUACCCGUCAGCUAUCUACGUCCCCGCCCGCGCGUCUACCGCAGUUCUCUUGGGCAGCGCGAGCUUCCGGUCGCGCGGCCGGCUGCCCGUGCUCGCGUACUUGCACCACAACAAGGCGGCCAUUACCAGGUGCAGCCAGCCGCUCAGCGGGUUCUCCGCUAGAUGUAUGGAAGACGAACAGAUGCUAGACUUGAUUCGGCGAGCGAAUCCGAACUGCGGGUACAUGUAUGUGGUGGACACACGGCCGAGGAUAAACGCAAUGGUGAACCGCGCGGCUGGUAAGGGAUAUGAAAACGAGGCUUUCUACGAGAACAUAAAGUUCCACUUCAUGGGAAUUGGCAAUAUUCACGUGAUGCGCAAGAGUUUGCAGAAACUUGUUGAGACUUGCGAACAGACGACGCCGACUAUGUCGUCUUUCUUAAGUGGGCUCGAAUCUUCUGGGUGGCUGAAACAUAUCAAGUCGAUACUGGACACGUCGUGGUGGAUAGCGUGUGCGAUAGACAGCGGCGUGAGUGUGUGCGUGCAUUGCAGCGAUGGGUGGGAUCGGACUGCACAGGUGUGCUCGUUGGCCGCAGUGUGCCUCGAGCCGCACUACCGUACUAUCAACGGAUACCAGGCGCUAAUCGAAAAGGACUGGUUAUCCUUCGGGCACAAGUUCACCUGUCGAUGCGGGCACAUUGCCGGCGAUCCGAGGGAACGGUCGCCUGUGUUCACACAGCUGUUGGACUGCACCUGGCAGCUGCUCAGACAAGUUCCAGAGGCAUUCCAAUUCAACGAGCGUUUUCUGUUGACGCUCCACGAUCACGCACACGCGUGCCAAUAUGGCACGUUCGUCGGUAACUGCGAGAAGGAUCGACGGGAUCUAAGGUUAUCCGAGCGUACGUUUUCACUAUGGGGUUACAUGGCGAGUCAUCUCAACGAGUAUAAGAACCCGCUGUACAAUCCGAAGGCGCACCCUGAUGUAUUGAAACCGGAUUUGAAUGCACAAAGUAUAAGGUUCUGGCGCGGCAUGUACUGCCGGCACGAGAGCGGCGUGCACCCGCGCGAGGCGCUGCCCGACCUGCUGCCCGCCGCCGUCGAGCACUCCGCCGCGCUGCACCACCACAUCGACUACCUCGCCAAGCGAAUAGCAACAUUCAAGAAGUUGCUAUCGGGCAAGAAGUCGGACAAGACUCGAGACGCUACUGUGGUCAACUAUCAGAACGGCAAUAUGGACACUGUGGAAAUUGAAACUAAAACCGCUGCACUUAAUAUUGACAAUAAAUUCAUAUACGAGUCAGGCGGGAAUCUGUCGGAGAUGGAAUGCGCCAAUGACGAUCAUCCGCUUAAAGAGACCAAACCACCGAAACCUAACAACAUACCGUUGAUUACUGAGAAGACAGACGACAUAAUACCGCCGAGUCUGUCCGCGCUCGAGGCUGAGAUCAACACGGUCGCGUUGGACUGGAAGAGCAUUAAGAACGUCACAGAGUGCAGCUGCUCCACGCCGCUGGACCAUUUCAGUAGGAAGCACCACUGCUGGGGCUGCGGCGGCUGCGUGUGCACGCGCUGUGCUCGCCGCGCGCCGCUCGCCGCGCUGGCCGCGCCCGCGCCCGCGCCGCUGUGCGCCGCCUGCGCGCCGCUCAGCCCGCUCACCCCGCUCAGCCCGCACGGCAUAAAAACUUCGGGGAGCAGCUAAGAAGUAGCAAGACUGAUUUAUGUAUAUUUUUUUAUCUUUCAACUUUAUUCGUUCAAGAAAAGUUUUAUGUUUAAAUGAAUUGUGAAAGUUACAUCUUUUCAUAAAUUAUGUUAAGGCAUUUAUUAAAAUUUAUCAUAGACAUAAAAAAACUCACAAACAUGAAACCUAAUAUUGUAAGUAUUUUUUGGUCAGUUGUGUAAUAAAAUCUCCCAAAUAGUUCAAAAAUGAUUUUUUGUGUAUAAUAUACAACUUCUUUAUUAAUUAUGAAUAAUAAUAGAAAAAAUAACAUUAUUGUACAAAUAGCAUUUAACCACUAGUAAAUAUUAUGUACAAUAAAAAUCCGCAAACAUUACUUAAAUAUCUAUAAGUAUUAAAUCAUUGUUACCAUGUCUUUGAAAAAAACUUGAGAGAUGUCAAGGGACACCCUUUCUCAAUGCGACAUAGAAAGUCGAAACAAAAAAAACUAUCCGGAUGGAACGAAGUGUUAAGUUAGAGAGAGACAGACAUAGAACCACGCGUACGUCGCACGGCUUACAGCUCUAGCAAAAAGUGUCGUGACAACUUUUCGUAAGAAUUUUUUCCGUCUAGCCCCCUUUCACAACUCGCGAUAAGGAACUUCGUUCCAAUAACUGGCUUGCUUUCUAUGAGAGAGAGAGAGAGACAGUCAGAGAAAUACGCGCACGCCGCACGGCGUACAACUAUAGCAAAAAGUGUCGUUACAACUUUUGGUCUCAAUUCCGCCUAGCUCCCUUUUCGUAACGCUCACUUAGGAACUUCGUUCCAAUUAGGAAAUUAUGUAUCAAAACCUUUAAAAAAGUGUUGACAUAUUUUACUUAACAUAUUAUAAAAAUUCACCCUUUAAAUAUAUUCUGUUUCUAGUUUCUCAUACAAACUUGUGCAAUCGAGUUUUGUGUAGCUAUUAUGAAAUUGUGUUUUGUACAUUUAUCUUACAUAUAAGGUCAUUUGUAUAUUUUGAUUCAUGUAAAUAGUUCAAUUAAAUGUAUAUAACUGA